UUACUCAACUUUUUUCGCCAAUCUUCAUUUGUCACGCCAAUAUCUCUUUAGAGUUUAGACGUAUAAGUGAAAUCAUGUGGAACUUUACUUUUAUUGUUAUCGCUUCGUUUUUAUUCAUUUUUUUAAAAGUUGAAUCCGAUUCGAUAAUUUGUGGAAAUGAAGGUUGUAAUAAAACUCAAACUCCAAAUGAUGAUGAUAUUCUUACUGAUAUUGUGGUGAGAGUUAAAACGAGUCAAAAACGAAUCAAAUCGAACGAAACGGUAGAAGAUACAUCUGAAAUUCCGAUUAUAACCGGAAUUUCGCAAUCUCCAAUCGGCGAGUCGGGAAAUAUUUAUUCGGAUAAUUUUAUAAAAUCGAACGGUGGAAACGAGAAUUUAUUUAUCCCGUCUUUACCGACUCAUAACCGUCAAAAUUAUGGGGAGCAACCUCCGCAACAUUUCGUCUGGUACCCAAAAGGUGGCAUUGUACACAAUCCCGUUGAAUUUAAACGAUUUGAAAGACCUCCUACGCUACAUAGAGUUCAAUAUCCUCAACAAUUUGAGCGGAGAAUUGGAUCGACUACUUGUAUGUGUCAAAAUGCUGGAUUAAAUUGGUAUCCUACUACACCCACGUUUAAUUAUUACAAUAAAAAGGAUGGGAUUGACGAUAAAUUAGAAGAAUUAAAUAAUUAAAAAUGUAUAUAUUAAAAUAAAACAAGAAUUUGCGACACUUAAUAGUUUUUAUUUUCAUAUAAUCUUUUUUUUUUCACGACAAAUUUAAAUACCCUAUUUUUUCACCCUACAUAGAGAAGUAGAAGAAUAUAAUAAAUAACAUCUUAGGAACAGAAUUUUUAUUUCAGUUUCUUUUUUAUAUACAGGAUGUUUAUUUCCUCGUAGAAAACAAACACUCUGUAUACAGCACUCGUAGGCACAUCUAACCAUGCAAUUUGAUUGUCAAAUAUAAAAAGAAAUGUGUGACAUUUACGAUUCUUUUAAAAACACUUAACAAUCAGAAUUUGUUUGU